CUUUGGAAUGCUGGCGACGUCAGCAGGGCUCUGCAAUUGCCGGGGCCGCGCGCGCUGCUGCUGCUUUUGCUGCAAGAGGAGCCCGGGGAGCGCGAUCUGGAGAUGGCUUCCGCUACCGACGCCCGCUAUGGCCAGAAGGAAUCCUCGGAUCAGAACUUCGACUACAUGUUCAAGAUCCUGAUCAUCGGUAACAGCAGCGUGGGGAAGACGUCCUUCCUGUUCCGGUACGCCGACGACUCCUUCACCCCCGCCUUCGUCAGCACCGUCGGCAUCGACUUCAAAGUCAAAACCAUCUACCGCAACGACAAGCGCAUCAAGCUGCAGAUCUGGGACACCGCGGGCCAGGAGAGGUACCGGACCAUCACCACCGCCUACUACCGGGGGGCCAUGGGCUUCAUCCUGAUGUACGACAUCACCAACGAGGAGUCCUUCAACGCCGUGCAGGACUGGUCCACCCAGAUCAAGACCUACUCCUGGGAUAACGCACAGGUGCUGCUGGUGGGCAACAAGUGCGACAUGGAGGACGAGCGCGUUGUGGCGUCGGAGAGAGGGCGCCAGCUGGCGGAGCACCUGGGUUUUGAGUUCUUCGAAGCCAGCGCCAAGGACAAUAUCAACGUCAAGCAGACCUUCGAGCGGCUCGUCGACAUCAUCUGCGAGAAGAUGUCUGAGUCCCUCGACACGGCGGAUCCAGCCGUGUCCGGUGCUAAACAAGGACCACAGCUGACUGACCAGCAAGUCCCUCCCCACCAGGACUGUGCCUGUUAGAGACUGCAGUACGGCACCCCCUGCCCGCGUAGGCCAUGUUACCCCCUCUGAGUAACCAGCACCCUCCUUACACUCCCUUCUGUUCCCACUUGAAUGCCCCCAGUGUCUAGGUCUGCUGGGAUGGCCCAGAGCGGAAUGGUCCUUCCGCUGACACCUGGCAGGGCUUGAAAGGGCUCUGGCCACCCUCAGAGUCUGCAGGCUCCAUGGGUGUUUCCAUCCCCUCCAGUUUUUCUCACCCCUGAUGGUAGGAGACACUGUUGUUUGCCUUUAACUAGUUCCCGAGCCGGCCCCUGACUUGCAACUACUUGGCUGGCGGGCUUGUGGGGUUAAUUGCAGAAUCAUGCACUGAGCCGCUGCCUGGGCUUGGCCAAUGUGUUUGUUAGCUUCCUUCCUUCCUUCCCUCCCAGCUGGAGGCCUGCUGCUGCGUGGGAGGAGCCCUGCUCAGGGGACAGCAGCUUAAAGGGCUGGAGUCUUCGUGGGGGAGCAUCUCCUGAUGCUCACGGCACCAGAGACCCCCGCUCCCUUAGCUGUAGUGCAGCCAGAGGGGUGACGCGCUGGGCUUGCAUCUCAGUCAGCCCCCGGGUGGGGGGGGGUGUGUGUGGAUGGUAACCCUGACAAAGGGUGCAACAAGAUCCCAAUGAGGCGUGAGGGCAGGGGGUUCUGUUCUUCGUAGAGAUGUGUUCCAGCCCUGUCUUUGCACCUCCCCUGCGCUUGUUCUCCUUGCUAGCACAGAGGAGCCGAGCCCGCUGCUAGCGCCGGCUGGCUGGCGAGCCGCUUGGCCUUUGUUGCGCCACUCUCCCCACCAGGGAUGGCUCGUUCCUGACUCUUGUUUAUUGUAUAAAUAGAUGCUAAUUUAUGCUCCUGCUUGUCUUCCUCCUUGUACAUAGAAACAACCUUCCUGUAAAUAGAAGUAGCCAGUGCCCCUCGUGUGCCGUGCUGUGGUUGUGCGGAUGUAUUUAUUUUAGCAGUGUGGUAUUAGCCUGCUUGUGAAUAUCACUUUUAAAUCUAUUAUUUAAAAACCAAGCUGAGCAAGGGCCAUGGGCAAUGCCAAACUAGCCCCAAGGCGGCGGCGACUGACCCCUGGAAAAAUGUGAACGGCUUGGGUCAAGCAAGGAAACAACCCCAGAACCGCUGACCCAUGCCGGGCUGGGGGUGGGGUUAACCGAAUGGAGCUAGUUUGUUACAGGCCUCGUGGCUCCUUGUCUGUUACUAUAGUAAUGUGCUUAUUGUGGAGACUGUGAAGCCAUAGAUAGAAUUCUAUCAAUGACCAAACCUGGCGCGUUGCUUCCCUCUAUUUAUUUUUUUCUUGGAGAACACUCUUUUGUUUACAGCUCCCUAAACACACAGACACAGACACACACACCUCCGACCUCUGGUUUUUGUGACGUUGACUUAUAUGGAAAAAACCAAACCCUCUGCUGUACUGUAAAAAUGUCAAAAGUGUCAAAGUCCAGUUUCCUAAAGAUCACUGUAUUCAAGAGCUGUUGUGAAGAAAUAAAUAAAUGCUGAUCA